CCGUCUUUUUUCGUUCCAAAAACCUAAUCUCUCUCUUGUCCAUCUUCUGAAAAUUUUAGAAACACUAUAAACCCAAACUCAAACCCCUUUCUCCAUUUUCUCAUCUUCUUCACAAAACCUAAUUCUCCAACAAACUCUUCGUUAAACCCUAGAAAGACACGCAAAAACUUUCCUUCUUCUUCUUCCCUCUUCACCAUGUCUUCUUCUCCUCCCCGUCGCCGCCACACUAGGUCUCGUUAUUGGCCCCCUGAUCUAUAUCAUCAUCCAUGUGAUCUUCGCAGUUAUAGAGGAACUUAUGCCAUCCAAAUCAAAGAUUUCGAAGACAAAGGUCCAAAACAUAUGUUUCAGCAAUUUGUGCGAUUCAAGGUUCAGCAGGUUUACAUGCCACCAACUAACAUACCUUUCGCGUUUGUUCGAUUUCUGACGAGAGCAGAUGCUGACGCAGCUCUUAAUUUCUGCCGUGGGAAGUUUGAUGCCUCCUUUUAUAAAUAUGAUCCCCAGAAACGUUAUAUAAAACCUCAGGGUGCAAGGGUUCAGCAGGUAAGGCAGGAGAAACAGGUACCAGAGCCUACGCUAAAGAGAGUAGUUGAUCUGCCUGUAAGGGAGAACGAGCAUGCAGAGGAUUCAAAGCCCAAAAGAAAGAGAGGUGAUGAGGCGAUGAGGGAGGAGAAGCGUGUAGAGGAACGUGAGCUUAAGAAGACAAGAGUUCAUCAUGCCCAGCCAGGAGAUUCUAAAAAGCCUGAGACAAGAGUUCAUCAUGCCCAGCCAGUAAGGGAGGAGGAGGAAGUGAAGAAAGCAGACCAAGGAGAUUCUAAAAAGCCUGAGAGAAAGAGACGUCCACAAGGUGUAUAUGUACCCCCUUCCCGGCGAUAACUCGAGCCAACAAAUUAAGACAGCAAAACAAAAAUAGAAGCAAAGGUGAGACAAAGUCAUUGUUUAUAAGAUAGUGGUUUGAAAAGGUACAAAAGAUAGAGGGAUUAUAUUUCGUUACGAGCUUAGCUACCUAUAUGUGGGAAUCAGGGGAAUCACCAUAGGUUGGAUUUGAUCAUCUACCACAUUGUCAGUAUUUCCUGGGGUUCUUCUAUUUCCUUUUUUCUUUUCUUUUGGACGUUGCUAUUACUAUUUACUAUAGCGAAAUUCAUACAUUAGGGGUUAUCUGAGAAGAGGUACAGUACUUGUUGAGCAGUACGUUGACUGACGGACAAAAAGAGAGACGCGGACAGAAUUGUUUGUUUGUUGGACUGGGAAAUUUAAUCGUAUUCAUCGAUUUUUCAUUUUACUUCAUUCU